AUGUCUCUUGAAGUACAGCGAUCGACAACCGUGCGGCGGUCGGCAAAUGUCCAGCGAUCAGGAACACGAAAAGGACCCAAUCCCAACCUAAACCCAGCCGCGCCGAAGAAGCAAAAGGGCUACGAAAUUGUGCAGCAAGGCAUCAAAGAGCUGUAUCCACUUGAUAAAGGGAACAUUGUUCCCGAUCUCGACUGUCAUAGCAUUGUGUUUGUCCCAGGAUUAGGAGCCAAUCCAGAAGAUAGCUGGAAGUCUAGUAAGACUGAUUUCAACUGGACCACACACGCAGAUGGCUUGCAAAGAGAUUUCCCACGGGCUCGAUUGCUGCUCUAUAUGUACGAUUCAGCAUGGACGGGCCAACUAAAGGUGAAGCAAUUCAUGGGCAAUAUUGCCAUGGGCCUAUUAGUUGGACUGAGGAGUAAGAGAGAAAAAUGCCAACGGAGACCGAUCGUGUUCAUUGGACAUAGCAUGGGUGGUCUAGUAGUCGCAAAAGCGAUCACGAUUGCAGAUUCUCGUCGCGAUCUAUUUCCCAUCAUGUUUGAGGCAAUCACCGCGUGCAUUUUCUUUGGCACUCCAUUCAGCGAAAAGGUGGACGUAGCAUUUUCAUCAAAAUUAUUAGAGCUCAUGAAGCCAGGCGAUGAGGAACUGCGACAACUCAAGCAUGACUUUAUGCGUCUAGUGGGGAAAAUCAAUCCGAAAAUCGACUUGUUCUGUUUCUGGGAAGAGCAUCCAACUGACUUUUCUCAAAUGGCUGGCCUUCCAAGCCUCUUUGGGCUUACCAAGAAUCUUAUACCAAAGCAAUAUGCCGAAUUCGUCAACCGGGACUCUGCAACACUCCCUGGGGUUGAAGAGCUUGGUUUGGCCUGCAAUCACCGCGAUUUGGUAAAGUUUGAUGGCCCAAAAGACGAUCGAUGGACACAAAUGGUGCGGGAUCCAGUGAAAAAGAUCAUCCAUGGAGCUCAGCUAUCCGUUAGGAAUCGCUUAAACUCGGUGAGAGACAUUGACCGCGCCAUGAUUAGCGGUAUAAUGGAAGCACUAGACGGCGCCCAAGUUCAAAAGAAGAGAAAAACAUUGUCACAAUCCUUCACACCUUCGUCAUGGAUACCUCAAGAAGCUGAAUACUUGGAGUGGCUGCGAUACACAGGAGAUGGUGACAAAGAGAAGCCUCCUCAGACGGUGGACUUUUUAUAUGUCCGUGGUCGCGAAGGCCGAGGCAAAACGAACGCCGCUAUGGCUGCCUUGCAGGGCAUUGAGAAGCUAAUACGCGAGAAUGAAGAGAACGAUACCGGACAGGGCCCAAUUCUCCUUGUGUAUUUCUUCUGUGAUACGACAACAGACUAUUCUACCGCCGAGGAUGUCUUGAAGUCCGUGAUAAGGCAACUCAUCAACCAACAAGAGACGCUCGCACCAUACGCGAAGAUAUUCACUAAGAAAAAGGGAAAAGAUGAUGCGAGUCGGUCACAGCAAGCGCAAAUAACUGUUGAAAACAUGUGGCAGUCAAUUCAAGAUAUGCUCGCUGAUGAAUUCAUUGGCAGCAGGGUCUAUUUCGUGCUCAACAACCUUCAUGCUCUGCCCGCCGAAUCGGACUCGACCAUCAAACUGAUGAAGUUUAUCGCAGGUGAAUUGGAAGCUCUGGGUUCCGUGGGCUCUAGACGUGUCCCGACUCGAUGGUUUAUUACCAGUAGAGAGUCCCACAAUGUUGACGCAGCCCUCAAGGUCGACGGCGUCCGCGUGAUUGACUUGGAAGACAGCAGAUAUGAGAAUCAAGUUCAAUUGGAGCUGCGUAAACAUGCCAAGAAGAUGAUUACGGCAAUUGGAGAGCAAAAACAAUACAACAAAGCCCUCGCAUACUUCGCCAGCAGUCUGGUAGGCAAGCGCGCCCAAAAUACCCAGUGGAUCGACAUCACAUGUAUCCAACUAGGGGAGCUUUCCAACACUGAAAGCGACCUCAGAGUUCGAAAGAUUCUCGAAAACAUGCCUCAAGAUUUGAAGACACUACUGGACCACUCCUGGCGCCAAAUAUUUGAGCUGAAUGAGACUCACGUCGAGAAAAUCAAGGAAAUUUUGCGUGCCUUGGUGUUGACCUAUGAAGAUCCUACCGAAUCAGAGCUUAGUCUGCUCGCAGGGCUGUCAUCUACGGAUCAGGAAAAGGGCGAGCUGCGCAAGUUGAUUGAGCAAUGCAAACCGCUUCUAUAUCUAAAGCGAACGAGUAAAGCUGACUCUGUUGUUUGUUUUGUUAACAUAAUUGUAAAGACGCACUUGUCAGAGAAUGCCAAGGAACUACUCGGAUUGUCCAAGGAGGAAAUCAAGUGGCAACAUGGUGUGAUAGCUCUACGAUGCUUCACUCAUAUCAAGGACACUCUGGAUUUCCCCAUGCCGGAUCCGGUCCCUAAGGAAUCAGCGGCCGAAAUCUCUGACAAAGAUGAACAGCACAAUCCUGAUCAAGAAGAUGCUCAAUCUGAAAAUGCCAGUGCCGCCGAGCAAGUGGAUGAUGAGGAAGACGAGGAGGAGGAGGACGGUGACGACGAUGACGACGACGACGAAUACUCGGACAGCGAAGAAAUGUAUGAAGAGGAGGACGAAGAAGACGAAGAGGAGGACGAUCCUGAAGCUGAAAUGGCCAAAGACAAAGCCUUGGCUUAUACUGUUAAGCAUUGGCUACACCAUGCUAGCAACGCGACUCUGGAGAUUGCCGAAGAUUUAAGUUUCGAAGAUGACUUUUGGAAACCAGAUUCUACGAUUCGGCGUCGUUGGAUGAUCGAGUACGCGCGCAUGACGACCACAUUUGAUAACUUCGACUAUAAGACGCUAAAUGGAUUACAUGUUGCGGCGGCAAUUGGCUUCCGACAACUAGUUGCAGCUCUUAUACGCAAUGGCCAUGAAGCCGAGAUCAAAGAGCGAGACUCAUUGGUCAAUACUCCGCUGCAUUUCGCUGCUUAUCUAGGCCGGCCCAAUAUUGUAGAGGAACUGCUUAACCGCGGUGCAGUAAUCGACGAUGCUGCAGAGAUUCACGAACAAACCCCACUGCAUAUGGCUUCAUUCGGCGGACACAUCCAAGUCAUGAAGAAGUUGCUCUUAAGAGGCGCCGAUCCGAACGCUGUUGCAAAUGAUAUUGGGCCAGUUGUCAACGCAGCCAUUUCUUCUGGGAGCCGUGAAGCUGUUGAGCUGCUCGUGGAGCACAAUGUGUCACUAACUUUCAAGUCGGAUGAUGAAGACGUCCCAUGCCCUCUUGCCUUGGCAGCAUUGUUGGCCGACUAUUCGAUGUUUGAGUACUUGAUUGAGAGCUAUGCAGACAAAUUACCUCCUCAAGACUAUAGCGCAGCACUUAUCGCUGCUGCCGCUGCCGGAAGAAUUGAAGUAUUCAACAAAUUACUCAAUUUUGGUCAUGAGACAGAUGUAUUUCAAUCCGCUCUAGAUUCUGCAGUUGAAGAGUGGAAUUGGGACAUUGUGAAGUCUCUCUUAGACCACCGCCAAGGCUUAGAUGUCAAUGGCCUUUUUACCGAGGCUGCAACGUGCAGCGAACCACAGGACAAAAUGCUACAGUUGGCUUGGGAAUAUGCAAACGGUUCCAUAACACAGGAAACAUUGAGCGACGCCCUCUAUAAUGCGACCGACAGAGAGAAGGUAACGACUGUGAGGCUGUUGUUGCAGAGCUUUGGCGCAAAUCCGAACGCCACAGGGGAAGAGUACGGAACAGCUUUAACGGCGGCUGCGUUUGAUGGCAUUAUGGAAAUGGUGCAGUUGCUACUGGAUGCCGGUGCGGAUAUCAACGACGAAAAUGGCUGGGCAUUGCAAACUGCCGCUGCUGAAGGACACUAUGAAAUUGUCCAAGAGCUCAUUAAUCGGGGAGCUGAGGUGAACGCAUGCACCGAAAAUGCCAACUUCGCAGCAGGUACCGCGCUUCAGGGGGCCUGCGAAUCGAGUAGAUCCGAUAUUGUAUCCUUACUGUUGGAGAAGGGUGCAAAUCCAAAUCUCGGACUCGGGACAGACUCGCCCCCCAUUGUCGCGGCGUGCCAGCGUGGUGAGGCUCACAUCUUGGAGAUGCUGGUCAAUGCCAAAGCAGACCUGGAUGUGUUUGGAGGAUACGACUCCUCAACACCACUCAUAAAUGCUGCCGCAUAUCUGCCAAAGGAAUCCUUACAGGUGCUGCUCAAUGCAGGGGCGGAUAUCAACUUGCCAGAUAAUGACGGCGACACUGCUUUGAUUGUAGCUGCUGGACGUGGUGAUGUGGAGGCUGUGACCUUUCUGCUGGAUAACGGGGCUGAUAUUAUGCAUUCCAGCAAGAGAAACAAGAAUGCACUUCAGACAGCCUUUGAAGCCACCCAACAAUCUGAAGAUGAGGAUCAAGAUGAGUUUGUUGGCUCUUCAAGCGAACAGUGGCAAUGUUUGGGGGUGCUUGUUAACCGCGUUACCGUGCUUCUUGACGCUCUUAAGACGGCUGCAGAUUCAGGCAAUGUCACCUUGGAGAGCAUCAUUCGGUCGGCCAACGUGAGCAAACAAGGAUUACCUUACGAGGAUGAGCAUCCAAAGAUCUCGGAAUUAAAUGCUAUGCCGGACUCCGCUGUUCAGUUAAAUGACGGGGAUGAUGCUGCAAGCGAUCCCCAGCCGAAUGAGAACACGAAUUCCGAGCCAGCUAUAGCCAUCGAUUCUCAAACGGUUGUAGAGGCAACCGUAGAGACAACCGUGGAGGCGGCCCCAGAGACGGCCUCUCCGGAUAUUGAACCUUCGACAUAUCCCGAAGUUUUCAGUGUUUCAGCAGUCGCUGAGGCUACACACGCCCUAUUUACGUCUCAAACUCCGGUCCCUAUGUCGCCUCCUCAAGCUAACUAUGACGCCGCUUCUAUUCAGCCAACGAAUAGCUGGUCGCCUCAUGAACCCUCAGCAUUCAUCCCAAAGAGGGAAUCCAUUGCCAGUAUUCGUGAUGUGUCUGCGCAAAUGGCAGUCCCAGCGCCUUUGGAAGUCAUUAGAAGAAAACCUGCACCGCAACAUGUUCAGAGGGCGGAUCCCGGUGCCCAUUUCCAAGCCCCAAUGCCGCAAGCCGGCAUUCCUUACAGCAGCCCAUCGCAACAGUCGCCCCCUCCAAUGAAUAAUCCGACAGAGCAAUUCACAGCAUACCCAGGACAAACAGGCGCUCACCCAUACGGACAGUAUCACAAUAUGGAAGUGUACAAUAAUUCCAACACCAGUGACGCUCAGAACCAGGACACGAAGCGGUAUUCCGCAUAUGAUGGUAGCAUCCCAGCGCGGUAUGGCGGGUACAGUUCUCAGACGGCGCAGCCACCACCAGACAGAGCGCGACAAUCGUAUCAGGGCCAGGGAUACCCGAAUUAUUACAACCAGCAGCAACGUUAUUACGGAAGCAACAGCGAUAUAUCAUUUCACAAUGAGGGAAGUGGGCAAGAAAAGCCACCCACUACAGAAGAGAGUCGAUUUUAUUAA